UGCAUGCAGCUGAUGAUCCUCUGCACUUUUACUAAUGCAACAUGCAGACUGCAGGACUUGUAAUGAAGGGUUUUUAUGUUGCGGUGUGGCUACUUUUACUUCAGUAAAGGAUCUGCAUACUUCCUCCGCCACUGCACAUCAGUGGCAGGUUGUGUUUCACUGCGCAGUGUGCGCGCUGCAGCCCGGUUGUGUAUCUGAGAGUCCUCCUGAGCUCUGAGUGGUGCUGUCUCGCCUCCGUCGCCCUGUGAAAACUGCCUUCCAUUGCAUUUCUCCACCAGCGGACUAACCAGGGCCCUCGCAGCCGCUACACGGUGGCCCGGAGCCGGGCUGAUUCCCACCACGGACCCGGCAGGUGUGACGGCGGUGGUACACCGGAGAACGGCGGGCAACGUCCCCCCUCUGGAUGCCGGAUUUACGGACUGCUCCGCGGGGAAGGCUCGGGAUGUGAUGAAAUCCUAAUCAAAGUGCGACACACACAAGCCCAUACAUAUCAUAAACGGGGCCCGCCUCGCAACUUUGCGGUUUCGCCUCUGCUGCGGGGGCUAAAGGCGGAUAAUCGGAGGUGAGGCUGGUGAAAUUAUUGUCUGGGGGAGGGUGACGCGCACUUCACAACAGCCCCUGCGCUGUCAGACGAGGAAGUGAGGCUUCAUACACGCCCAUUUCAGCCUGUCGACCCUGCUAAAAAAGACCAGACCCGUUCAUCAGAUAACACAGCAACAGACUUUAUAAACAUGCGUUCACUUUCGGAUGGGCGACCCCGGGAAUAAGCUGCAGGACGACGCCGAUUUCAGGGGUGUGCUAAAGUGUUGAAGGAUGGACAGGGAGCUGGUUCGACAGAGCCAAUCAGAACACGGAGAGGCCACCAAUGGAACCAGUCCUCAGACUUCCACCACCACGCCCGAGUCCUCCAACCCUCCAACCCCCACCCCUCCUCGGCUCACCCCCAACCCCAUGCUCCUGGACUCCCCUGCACCCACGCUGACGCCCACCACCUCCUCCCCUCCCCCCCCUCUCACCCCUGCCCCCUCCGUCUCUGCAACCCACGGCCCGAAGGUGGCGGCGGCAACAGCUGGCACUCCAUCGCCCCACAUCCUCGUCCCCGCUCCCCCUAAACUCACCUCCACUGCAACCCCCGCCCUCCGCACGUACUCUCGCCCGAUCCUUCCCUCCCCGACGGGCGUCUCCAAAACACCUCCUAUUACACAAACCUCCACCUCCUCCUCUCUUCUCCCUCCUUCCUCCUCCUCCUCUUCCACUCCUGUUGUAGCUAGCACCACCUCGCCCCUCCUCUCUUCUUCUUCUUCUUCUUCUGCAACGCACAGCAGCACCACCAUGUCAACCAAGACCUCCACCAGCCUGACCAACGGGAACACAAGGCCUGUAUCCACGCCGACCUCCACACCAAUCACGCCCUUUCACACACCAGCCAGUCCACCUGGCAGACAGGUAUCGCAGGCUCAUCCUGUGGGCACACCUGGUCUUGUGCGAGCCAAUCAGAGCCCCUCCCCUGUCAGGCAGAGGGUAUCCCAGCAGACAUUACUCCUAGGGAAAGGUCUCAAAGGGUCUGGCCAAGACCAGGUGCUGCUUAGAGCCCAGAUGCUGAUUCUUACGUCUGCUAUGCGACCUGCCCUGUCCUCCUCUUCCUCCUCUUCCUCCUCCUCCUCUCCCCCUUCCUCUAACCCCGCCUCCGCUCAGCUCCAGAGUCUCACCCUGAGGCCUCCUCCCCCCGGGGCCCUCACCAUCCCCCCCUCCCUCCGCCUUAAGCCCCCCUCCUCAGCCCCGCCUCUCCUCUCUCGCCCUCACGCACCCCUCUUCCCCCCCCUCAGGCCGCGACCGCAGCCCAACACCACGGCAACGGAGAGCCCGACCACGCCCAACCGCCACCUCUCCGUCCCACCUCCAACUCUUUACUCUCCAGUUCGAGCCGUCCCGCUGAGACCCAGACUUCACUCUCCAAACGGUCACAGGGCGGCGGCGCCAAGGCAAACCUCAACCCUCCAACCAAUCGCUGCUGCCCCCGCCAGUCACGCCUCUCCCAUCAGCAGGCCGCUGGCUGGACUAAAGAGCUGUCCGUUAACUCAAACUAUGCUCGGGCCCAGCCAAUCACAGCACAGCUCAUUACCCGUGACCAACCCCAUGUCUGUUUCUUCCCACUUCGAGCGCUCGCCUUCUGCAGCGAGGCAGCUGCAAAUCAUCGCCCUCUCUUCGGGCCGCCAGCCGCAAUCUGGUAUGUACACCCACACUGUGCAGUCAGCGCCUCCAGCUGUAGAGUCGCCUGAGCUGUCCAGCCAAUCAAAGAGGACUUUGAGCGGUGAGGACGUGCUUCCUCUUCCUCUAAACCCCACAUUGCCAAAAACCACCUCUCCUAUGCCCUCGCCUCCAUCUCUCCUGAGUCCAGCAUCCCCUCCGAGUCAGGCUGGUCCUCAAACACAAACUCUGACACAGAAAGGAGAGGUGAAGGAGAGCGAAGAGCAGCGAGAGAGAGGACGAGGGGUAAGACAAGGAGUCAGAGCUGAGGAGAGUGUUAGUAAAGACCUAAAGGUGGAGAAAGAUGACCAAAGAGAGAAAGUGAAGGAGGAGAAACGGAGGCUAUCAGCUGAGAAGGAAGUAAGCCUCGUCAGUCAGAAGGAACAGGAAGUUGAAACAGGCAGAGAGGAAGAACAAAUGGAAGUGACAGAGGAAGGCCAGAGUGACAGAGAGAAGGCAGAAAGAGGAGGCGAGGAGAAAAAGAUGGAAGAGGAAGGCGAGACCGCUAUGGACCAGUCUGAGAACCUGACCAGUCAGAUUCUCCAUCAGUGCCAGAACACAGAUCCUAUCCUCACACCUGAUACCGUUAAAGACUCCAGCACGGAACCGGAACCCAUCCUGGGUCUCAUUUCAGCUCCAGUUCCAGUCCAAACCCCAGCUUCUGUCCCAGUAACAGUACCAGUACCAGCUCCAGUCCCAGCUCCAGUCCCAGAGGUCACUGUCCAACCUCAGAGGCUACCGGAGUCUCAUCGGGACCUCCAGCCGGUCAGCCAGGAGGACUUCUGUGAGAACAUGUCAACACAGUCUGACAACCAGUCAGCGUUGUCCAGCCUCUCCUCUCAGUCUCCCCCCUCCUCGCCCUUCAUCACCCCCUCGGCAGAAAACCCUCCUCCCCUCCUCCCGGCUCACCCAAACGACCUCAGCCUAUCGCAGCACGAGCCGGAAAAAGUCGACAAAGCGGUCGGCGAGUCGCAGCACCUGGCCGGGACCGAAACCGAGACGGAGCCACUCGGCCAAUCGGAAGACGAGUCAGAGAGCUUCGGCCAAUCGCUGAGCAGCCCCUGGGAGCAGAGGGCGUGGCCUGACGGACGACAGGUUCUGACUCACCUGGUGGAGGGAUUUGUCAUCCAGGAGGGGCUCCAACCAUUUCCUGUGAACCGCUCGUCCCUGCUGGUUCCAGAGCAGGUGGCGAAACCACAGGAAGUGAACGGGACCAAUGGGAAAGCAGCGUUGCCUGUGACGGACACAUUGAAACAAGCUGAGCACUCCACUGAUUCAGACGUGGAGGAGGGAGGAGACACAGGCGACGCCGGGAACAGGUCGGCCCACAGGGACAGGACAGUGCUGCACUGCCAGUUCUGUGGGAAGAGAGGCCACGCGCACAACUUCAUGCGGUCCAAGCGCUUCUGCUCCACUUCCUGUGCACGAGGGUUUAACGUUCGUCUGACGAAGCGUCUGCGGGCUCUGAGUGCAGGCAGCCGGUCAGAGAAGCCCCGCCCAGCCCUGAACAGGGCGGAGUCAGUUCCUGGGAAGCCUCUUUUACUGCGACUGCCUCGGGAUCUGUGGAGCGCCGGUCGGCGUGAGAAGGAGGGAAAGGAGAAGGCAGCGGCGGCAGAAGAGGAGGAGGAGGAGGAGGACAUGGAGGGAGGAGGGGAGGAGGAAGACGAUGACGGCGGGGAGGAGGAUCCUGCUGUUGCCAUGACAGCCAGGAUGGAGCGUCGGGCGGCACGGAGAGCGAGGAGGGCGUCUGCGCCCGCCUUGACCACCUCUACGCCCACAACCACGUUCAAACCCGCCCCCUCCCAGUGGAGCGUGGAGGAAGUAACUGCCUUCAUCCACACACUGCCAGGCUGCAGCGACGUGGCGGAGGCUUUCCGGCUGCAGGAGAUCGACGGCCAGGCUCUGCUGCUGCUGACCGAGGACCACCUGAUGACCAGCAUGAACAUCAAACUGGGGCCGGCUCUCAAGAUCUGCGCUCACAUCAACUCCCUGAAAAACCAGUGAGGGGGAAAAGCAGACAGACGCAGAGGGAAAAGAGAAAGUCAGGGCGUGAUGUCGAAGGAAAACAGGCAAUAAAGAGAAAUGGAGGAAGUUAAUGAAGAGAAAGGAGCGUUUUUGUGGUUACGAAAAACAAAAGCUGACACCAAGGAUUACAGAACAGAGUCACAAAAAGAGAUUCGUGGUUAUGAGAUUAUAAAUCGAGGUGUGGCCUUAGGAGACGGGAACAGAGGAGGUUUGCAGAAGCAUGGAGAUACCAGAGUCCAGAAGAAAUUUCAUCCGUUUUGGGAACCUCUGACUGUAGCAGGAGACUGAUUUUUGUAACUUUGUGUACAUUUUACAUGCCGCUGGAGAGUGUAAAUUUGAAGCUAUUUCAUGAAGGAUUUUGAACAUUUAAUAUAUAAAAUUUGUCUAUUUAGUUUUUUUAGAACGUGACGUCAUUGACAAAUCUAUCCAGUAGCUAACAUAACCGGUGUGUGUAAAAAAAAAAAAAAAGUAAAAAAAGUAAAAUAAUAAUGAUACGUAGACUUUGUAAGUGAUUAAUGAAAGUUUAAUGUUUUCUAUCACUAUUCUGGACAAAAACAUGUCUGUGGAUUAAAAAAAAGUCACUAUCAGGGUAGAGACUGGUGUCUUUAAUCGUCACAUUUUUAUGGUAUCCUGCUUGAAAUUAUUUAAUAAAUGAAUAAUUAAUCAAC